AUCACUGAUGGCUAAUGUUUCAGAUGUGUCUGUACCUCUGUGUGCAGAUGAGGAAACGAUCGCACUUCAGUCGGAACUGGAGGCUGUGGAGAAGCAGAUCCAGGAUCUACUAGAGAAGCAGUCACGGCUGCGAGAACGAAAAACGGCGCUGGAAACAUCCAGAGCCGACGCUCGCAAAUCCGCGGUAAGUUUUCAUCGCGAUUUUAAUACUCCUUCCACUUCUACUCCGCGUGUUUCUCUGCACAGAGCCCAGGCUUCGAGAACACGGUCAGCCCAAAUGAACUUCACUCCUGCACCGGCACAACCACGGCGAAAGGCGCGAGCCAGGACUGGAGCGAUGACCCAACCGCCGCCACCGGUCUUCGAGAUCCCGACCAGGAACCGCUUUGCCGCCCUCUGCGAGACGGAAUGCAACGCUGUGGUCAUCGGAGACUCAAUCGUCCGGAACGUACCUGCGAUCCUGAAGGACGAUGCUAACGUCGGAGCUGUCGUGCUGCACGCGGGGGCGAAUGACGUCAGGAUGAGGCAGUCGGAGAUCCUGAAGAGGGACUUCAGGAGUCUGAUCGAGACGGUACGCAACGCAUCGCCCACAGCGAGGAUCAUCGUAUCAGGGCCGCUUCCUACCUACCGACGAGGGAAUGAAAAGUUCAGUAGACUAUUUGCUCUAAAUAAAUGGUUGAUGUCAUGGUGUAUUGAACAGAAGCUGCUCUUUGUUGAUAAUUUUGAUCUGUUCUGGGAGCGACCUAGGCUCUUCCGCCCUGACGGCCUGCACCCCAGCAGCAUCGGAGCGGUUCUUCUGUCUGACAACAUCUCAAAGACGCUACGCACCGCUUGACUACGUCUCCCAGCGGUAAGUCAAAACUUCAACCAUAGUCUGUGUUCCUCCCACUCAUCUGUUAUAAAUGUUACUGCUUCCAAAUGCAUAGAGACUGUGUCUGUCCCCCGAAUAAUACUACAAAAUAACAAAAUAGCCAAAUCUCAGAGAAAAAAUCUAAUCGUGAUUAAACCUGAGGACAAUGUAAUAAACGACCAAAACAAACUCAUAAAGUUCGGCCUACUAAAUAUUAGAUCACUAAAUUCAAAAGCAGUUAUUGUAAAUGAAAUGAUCACAGACAACAAUUUUGAUAUGCUUUGCCUUACCGAAACCUGGCUUAAACCAAAUGAUUAUUACGGUCUAAAUGAGUGUACACCACCAAGCUACUGUUAUAUGCAUGAGCCACGUGCGGUUGGUCGAGGUGGCGGUGUCGCAACAAUUUUUAGAGACUUUCUUACUGUAACUCAGAGAACGGAGCAUAAAUUUAAAUCAUUUGAAGUGCUUGCGUUGAACAUAAUUGUUCCAAUUGACAGUAAAAAACCAUUGCUUUCUUGUACGUUGGCUACAGUGUAUAGACCCCCUGGUCCCUACACUGAUUUUCUGAAAGAGUUUGCGGACUUCCUAUCGGACCUAUUGGUUAACGUUGAUAAAGUACUA